AUGCCUGGUAUAAUUACUGUAGAGGAUGCCUGGUACAGUUUCCAGGAUGCGACUCAGCAGUCGGCUAGAGCGGCACCCAGAGGGUUAGCCACCUGGGCAGCCUCCAGUGAUGAAGCAUCACUACACUCGUCAGUAGUGUGUGAUGAGCUCAAAUGUGUCAGCAGACAGGUGGUCAACAGGGUCCAAGAGACGCAACAGGUGGUCAACAGGGUCCAAGAGGCGCAACAGGUGGUCAACAGGGUCCAAGAGGCGCAACAGGUGGUCAACAGGGUCCAAGAGACACAACAGGUGGUCAACAGGGUCCAAGAGGCGCAACAGGUGGUCAACAGGGUCCAAGAGACACAACAGGUGGUCAACAGGGUCCAAGAGACGCAACAGGUGGUCAACAGGGUCCAAGAGACGCAACAGGUGGUCAACAGGGUCCAAGAGGCGCAACAGGUGGUCAACAGGGUCCAAGAGACGCAACAGGGGUUAACAGGGUCCAAGAGACGCAACAGGUGGUCAACAGGGUCCAAGAGACGCAACAGGUGGUCAACAGGGUCCAAGAGACGUAACAGGUGGUCAACAGGGUCCAAGAGACGCAACAGGUGGUCAACAGGGUCCAAGAGACGCAACAGGGAAGGACAAGUCAGGAUGCCACCCACACCACCACCAGGUACAUACUACAAGGUGAACAUGGAGACAACAGGUGUGAGGGAACAUGGUCCACCCGUCUCAGAAUCGCACCUGGAGGCUUCGGUUAUUGUUGUACCAGCCAUAAAGAAGGCUGUACCAGCCAUAAAGAAGGUUGUACCAGCCAUAAAGAAGGUUGUACCAGCCAUAAAGAAGGUUGUACCAGCCAUAAAGAAGGCUGUACCAGCCAUAAAGAAGGUUGUACCAGCCAUAAAGAAGGUUGUACCAGCCAUAAAGAAGGUUGUACCAGCUACAAGGAAGGUUGUACCAGCCAUAAAGAAGGUUGUACCAGCUACAAGGAAGGUUGUACCAGCCAUAAAGAAGGCUGUACCAGCCAUAAAGAAGGUUGUACCAGCUACAAGGAAGGUUGUACCAGCCAUAAAGAAGGUUGUACCAGCUACAAGGAAGGUUGUACCAGCCAUAAAGAAGGGAUACAUACCAUGUUACUCGAAGUAUGAUGCAGAAGAUCUAAUCAAAACAUUGCAGUCCAGGCAGGUGUCUCCAGCAACGUCAGCCACGUCUGGCCAGAGUGUAGACGACGGUCUCAGCGAGGAGGUAAAAUAUCGCCUCGAGGAACAGAAGAGUAAGGUGGACGUUCUGGGCACGCAGUACCAGGAGCUGCUGGACCAACUCACUUCAUACGAAUCCCAGUUAUGUGAGUGGCAGAACAACCACAAGCAGCUCGUCAGCCAGCUGGAAGAGUUGCUAAGGCAGAAUACUGACGCGGUGAAACUGCUGAGUAAAGAGCAGAGUAGCGUACAAGGUCUGAGGAAGCAAGUGGAUGGGAGGAUGAAGCAGAGGCAGGCAGUAAUUGAGAGCCUCUCGGUGAUUAACACUAAACGAGAGGCACUCAGAGCCAUAGAAAACACUCAGGGCUACAAAUCAGAGGCCGAUAACUUCAUGGGAAGAUGUCAGCAACUUUUCCCGGAUAUUAACGCUGUCUUCAGCGUCAUCAAGGUGCAGGAGGCGACAAAGAAGGCGCUGGAGAUGGUAGCUACGGAGACCGGUGCCUCGGAGAUCACCAGCCUCCCUCAGGAAAACCUGACCAUCACAGAGAAAGUGACUCGCCUCAGCUUCUUGGCCAAGAUCAAGAGAACUAACUGCUUGUCUUGUGGUGAGUUAAGACCACUCAGUGGUCCCAUGAAGACUCUGCUGGAGGCCGGCUGGGUUAUGGCCUUCCAGCAGGACCAUGGUCGUCUGCGAUUCUCCAGGAUGACCAUAGAAGAGGGUGGUCAACUGCACUUACACGUCCUGCAGCAGCAACCUGCACCUGCCCAGGUCAUCACUCUCCAACACAGUGCUGUGGCUAGUCUGGUGGACCCGGUGUCCACUCUGGUCUUCCUGGACCUGGCUUGGUCUGGAGUGACCAAAGGCAGGGUCUACAUCCGGCUGAGCCCUGAGAAUGGGCUAGCCAGACAGUUCCUGAUGCUGUGCACUGGAGAGAGAGGACCUUCGUACGUAGGGACGCGCAUGAUCGAAGUUCACAAUAAGGGCAAGUCUGGGGAGCGUGUGUGUGGUGGUGCCCACGACGAUAGUGUGGUGGGGGUGGUCAGGCUCCUGCCAGGGGUGCAGGUGGGCCCUGAGUACAGGAGGGCCCCCACCGUGGGUACGGUGAGGGCAGAGUAUGGCCCCGGUAGCGAGAAGAGUGCCCAGUUCUGUAUCUUCCUGAGAGAGGCUGACUGGAAGAUCUCCUUUGCCUUUGGUCAGGUGGAGAGUGGACUGAAGGUGGUGAAGCAAGCAUCAAGGUGCGCUGACAUCAAGGAUGUGACAGUGGUUAACUGUGGUGUGGUGCUGCCAUUAUAGCGGAAGUUUGGAGACCAGUCUUACAGAUCAAGCUCACAGACCAAUCUUAUAGGCCUUGGAGACCAAUCUUACAGACCAAGCUUGGAGAUCAAUCUUAAAAACCAAGCUUGGAGACCAAUCUUACAGAUCAAGCUUGGAGACCAGUCUUACAAAUCAAGUUUGGAGACCAGUCUUACAGAUCAAGCUUGGAGACCAGUCUUUUUUUUGGUUUCAAAGCUUGCAGUCUACCCCAAGAGUUGUUAUAACUGACUCUCACUAAGGUAAUUCAUAUUUACCAAUUAUCAAAAUUAUCAUUUAAACGACCUGUUAAAAAAACCAUCAUUAUGUAUAUCAUGCGACACAAUAUCAUGCCAGCAUGAUUUUAAAUAAUUCAUAAUUUUACGAGGGAGACCAGCAGCGGCUCGAGGCCUUUCGCACUGUUCCCCGGGGCUUUCGUCAGGAGCUGUGCAUGUUGCAUACAGUCUCUCAGUAUGAUGACACAUGAUGAGUAUUAUAGCUUAUCAUUAUCAUCAUUUCAACGGGUUAUCAUGUCAUUAUUCCUCGUAUGUGUCGCUGGCUGGUCAGGAUACAGUUACUGGCCUCAUCUCACUACCAUAAUGUAACACACUUUACAAGCAAUAUAACUAAAUAUGGCCAAUGUAUCAUCAAUGUAUCAUCAAUGUAUCAUCAAUGUAAUAUAAUUUCAA